GAAACGGCUAACUCUUCUCCUUCUUCUGCUUUGGUGGGGGUGUGUUUGCGAAGCUUUUUAGAGAGAGAAAGAAGAGAGAGAGAGAGGGGCACAUCGAGGAGUGAUCUUUCCAACUGCCACCCAAUCAACAGAGAGGCCACAGCUUUUUCGUCCCAUCAGAUUCUUCUUCAUCUUCUCUCUCUCCCUCCCUCCCACUUUCCUUCUUGUUGUUCAUCGUAUUCUUUUAUUCUUUUAUUGUUUGAUUCGUGCCUGUGAGUUUUACCCCUCCUCGUUCUCUCGGGAAAUCCUCCUCCUGUAUCUCCCCUGCACCGGCUGAGGAAGACGAAGGAGAGGAGCCCGUGCUCUUCUUCUCGCCGCGGUCGUCGAAGAAGCGAUUGGACUUUGGAGUUCGAGCCUUAAAGUUGGGAACUUUGGGGGAGUGUUUUGUUCAGAGAGGAGCCGAGAUCCGGAGAGCCGAGUAGGGUCUGAUUCUAGUCCUGCCCCUCGGUUCUGCGGGCCGAUCGCGAAGUGGGUGCGAGGGCAUUUGGGUAAAUUCGGGAGCCGAUCUGUCGAUAAGCUAAAGGCGCCCUAAAUUUUGCGAGAUCGAGGCGCUCGUCCCUUGUUUUUCGUGUGGGAAGAAGGAGAAAUCUGACGGCGGAGAAAAAAUGUGGUGGAUGAUGAGUGAGACUGGUGGGCAUUACUGCUCCAAGAAGACUGAUGAUAUUUGCGGCGACCUCUGUGGCCAGGACUCAGAUCGAGCCUUGAGCUUGUCGAGACUGCGUUGCAUGCUGCGCGGCUUGGACUUGAAGACGCUCUUGCUGCUGUUCAUCCUUAUUCCGACGUGUAUUCUCGGCAUCUACAUACACGGGCAGAAGAUUUCAUACUUCCUGCGGCCGUUAUGGGAGUCGCCACCCAAACCGUUCCAUGACAUACCACAUUACUACCACGAGAACGUGUCCAUGGAGAACCUCUGCAAGCUCCACGGUUGGGGGAUCCGGGAGUUCCCGAGACGGGUGUAUGAUGCUGUGUUGUUCAGCAAUGAGCUGGACCUCCUCACUAUUAGGUGGAAAGAGCUGUACCCUUAUAUAACACAGUUUGUUCUCCUCGAAUCGAAUUCGACCUUCACUGGAUUUGCAAAACCUCUGGUUUUUGCCGCCAACAAAGAUCGGUUCAAAUUUGUUGAGCCUCGAUUGACUUACGGUAAUAUCCCAGGGAGAUUUAAGAAGGGGGAGAACCCGUUUGUCGAGGAAGCUUAUCAAAGAGUCAUGUUGGAUCGGCUCAUUAAGCUUGCUGGCAUAACUGAUGAUGAUUUGUUGAUUAUGUCGGAUGUGGAUGAGAUUCCGAGCAGACACACUAUCAAUCUCUUGCGGUGGUGUGACGAGAUCCCGCCUAUUUUGCAUCUUCAGCUUAAGAAUUAUCUUUAUUCGUUUGAAUUCCUAGUUGAUAAUAAUAGCUGGAGAGCGUCGGUGCAUAGGUAUCAAUCCGGCGUGACGAAAUAUGCGCACUACCGUCAGACGGAUGACAUCUUGGCAGAUGCUGGUUGGCAUUGCAGCUUUUGCUUCCGCCGCAUCAGUGAGUUCAUAUUCAAGAUGAAGGCCUACAGCCACUUCGAUAGAGUGAGGUUCCCCCACUUUUUGAACCCAAAGAGAGUUCAGAGAGUGAUAUGCAAGGGAGCUGAUCUUUUCGAUAUGCUUCCAGAGGAGCACACGUUCAAGGAGAUCAUUGGGAAGAUGGGACCUGUUCCGCAUUCCUUCUCGGCCGUUCACCUUCCUUCAUAUCUCCUGGAAAAUGCCGACAAGUACAAAUUUCUUUUGCCGGGAAAUUGCCUGAGAGAAAGUGGCUGACAUUUUCAUACUGCGAGAGCUCUAUGAAGGCUUAAGGCACAGCUUUGUUGACUCCUCAUCUGGGGUUCACUGGACGAGGCAUGUCGCCGAUGUAGCUGCUCUGGAUGUCCUGCUGAGAUAUCAUCCUUCCAGGUUUUUGGGACCAUCUUGGACAUUUAGGUGAGGCUUUGUACAUAAUCUUUUUCCAGAGUUGGAGAAAUUAUGGUUGCUGGGAGGAGGGCUUGUUAGCCAUGGUGGGAAUUGAUGGAACUUGUUGCCGAGUGUAGUUUUACUUGGGCGUUGGUAUCACAUGUUUUGCCUUGUAUACCAACUGAUAUGGCUUCUGUUUUGAGACAAAUUUAUGCUAAAUGUCCAUCUUGACGAGUUUCAUUUGUAUAAUCUGAUUGCCAUUAUUUAUCUAUUGAUCAUAGGGCUGA